ACAAUUCUACAAUAAAACCAUGCAGCCCUAGAGCUCUGUGAAUGUGAGAUGAAUCGUUUUAACUAGAUACCCUUAUCGGGUUAUUUCAAUUUUUUAUUAAUAUUUGUAACGACCACGUUGUAAAUGUUUAAAGAUCACUGCCCUGCCUCCACGCUUUACAAUUUGCCACACUGGCAACUUUUAAAACAGUGAUAUUUUUAAACAUAAUUCGUGUUGAUAUAAAGCCUGGGGGAAGCUAACUACCCAUCAUCCCGCACCAGGCGCUUCGUUUGUUUAAUCCUCGCGAUGAAUAUUCAUCUCACAGCUUGCCUUUUGAACACAUUGUCUGUGGUGUAGCCCGACAUUCGAAGGAGGAUAAGUAACGUUGAACAUUAACAUCGGGUCAAGUUCUUCUCUCCCGACCCUCCGCGGUGAAAGACCCGCCUCCCGGAGGAGUCACGGGAGGACACACACACAGGUGUCACUCGUUAAACCCUGCAACGACUCUGCCGCCCUGAUGUCCCGGUCGACCUAUCUCACUCGUUCGGGGCUCCUUCCCCGCGCCCCGGCCGACGUCAAAGGAGCUCGCCCCUCGUUAGUGUUAUGAGCCACGCCUGUGUUGAUUCUACGACCGGUGGAAGUGGCCUGUGGAGGGCCAGCAGGACAGCAGGCAUGGGGCGGUCCAUUUAGCCUCCCCGCCCCCGGCCUGCUGCCUUCUGCCUGAUGCCCGCUGCCGGCUGCCGGGGAAGCCUUCGCUGCAGCCUCAGGUCAGGAGAGCGGUUGAAUUAUUCACCCUUGGUUUGGCAGAGAGACGCCUGGCUCAAAGGCGACGGCGUAGGGGGCGUCGCCCAGAGGAAGGCGGAGCUACAGAGGGACGUGGACGCUCUCAAAGCCAACCUCAAACACCAGCUGGACCUGUUCCUGGACGAGGGCCAGCUGGAGCAGCAGGGCUCCCGGGUCCAGGCGCUGCUCCGGGAGUCGGGCGAUCUGCGCUCGGACCUCCACAGCCUGGGCCGCCUCACGCACAUCAAGGCCGACGAGAGGGACCAGAAAUACCGGCAGCUACGCAAGGCCGAGCAAGCCAGGACGCUUGUGGAACAGGAGCGCCGGGAGAAGGACCUGGUCAUCAUGGACCUUCACAAGCUGCAGAGCGCCCUGCAGCACAGGCUGUCUGAGCGGGCGGAGGCCUACAACCUGCUGCAGGCGGAGACCCAGCGGGCCCUGGCCCAGCGGGACCUGGCCCUCAGGGAGGUGGAGGAGCUGGUGGAGAAGGGCCAGGCGCUGGACAAGGAGGUGGAGAUCCUGAACACCGCCGCCGUCAAGAAGGACAGGACAAUGGUCGAGGCCCGGAAGAAACAUUCCCACGGCCGCGCACAGCAGGAAAGUCUCUCCAAAGACAUCUCCAAAGUAGACCGGCGGCUGCGGGAGGCGGAGGAACGCAGCGAGGAGCGAGCGGCAUCGGCCCACGCGCUGAAGCAGGCCGGGGACGAGCGGGAGCAGGAGCUGCUGGCCCUGACCAGGAGCUACCACGCCGCCACGCACAGACGCAAGACCCUCAGCCUCCAGCUGCUGGAGUGCGAGGCGGAGGGCAGCCUGCUGCAGCAGGGCGCCCGGGGGCGGGCGGCGGCGCUGGACGCCGGCGGCGCCACCCUGGACGCCCUGGAGGAGCACGCCCGGACGCUGAGGGUGGACGCGGCCGAGGAGCGCCGCUGCGUCGCCCUGGAGACGGGCCGCGCCGCCCAGGCCCGCGUCGCGGAGGCCGAGUUCGCUGCGCUGUGGACCGAGCUGCUGAAGGCCCGGGCCCACACCUCAGUGCUGGCUGAGGAGCUGAGCCUCAGCGGAGACCCCUCCUCCGUGUUCAAGGAGCUACUGGGGCCCCCGGCUCCGGGGCCCGAGCUGAUAGAGAAGGCCCGACACUUGGAGGACCGUAUAAUGAAAUGCGAGGAGCAGCUGAUGGAGAAGGAGCUGCUCCUGGAUCAGGUGACCAGGCUCUCUCAGCCAAUCAGAGACCAGCUGGAGAACGGCCAACAGGAAAGGCUGCAGAUGGCUAAGAAGGCAAGAGAUACAAAAGACAAAGUCACUCCUGCAUACAGUACACUAUACAAAGCAUACAAUGGUUUAAACAUGCUGUGUGUCAAAUGGUUCUUCACUUACUUUCCUUAAACAAAUAAACUAGACUCAUUUUAUUGUAAUAAGCAGAAAUACGAAGGGACCCGGGACUCUCUCUCUCUCUCUCUCACCCUCUC